AUGUCAAUAAGAUUUAAUUUUGGAAAUCUCAUUCAUUUCUUACCUCUGAUGGUAAUUGGAUGUUUGAUAAUUCAAAGCAAUAGUCAAAGCUACAAAGGUGACAUAACAUUUUAUUAUGAAUGGCACGGAAAUCACGGCUCUUGUGCGCUUGAAAAAUCAAAGAAAGAUCCAUUCCAUGUGGCUGCGUUGUCGAGAUUUUUCAUGAAACUACCAGUGAAUGUAACGAAUCCAAAUAAGCAUCCUUAUUGUUCGGAAUCAUAUUGUGUAAAAGUGAGCGGAAAGCGUGGAUCAGUUGUGCUUAAAAUAAGCGAUACUUGUUAUGGAUGUAAGCCUCAUGAUAUUGAUGUAGCACAUCGAGUUUUUCCAUUGCUAGACGAUCCCAACAAAGGUCGAGUUCCGAUGGCAUGGAAAUUCGUUGAUUGCACGAAAAACCCUCCAGGCAAGAUAAGAAGUGAUGAUUGA